CACGCCCAAGGUUUCUGCUUCGUAGUACGGAAUACGUCGUCUGCAUUUCACGGAUUGAAUUGAUUUGACACAAGAAAAUUUGACAGUAAUAUUUUUGCGGAAAAACAAAGUGAUUUUACAAACGUGAGCCAACAUUUUGAGAAAAAUGUCGAAAAUGGAGGAAGGAAUGGCCCACAUUCGGCAGGCCGAAAAAAGUUUAAAAACGUCACUUUUAAAGUGGAGACCUGAUUUUGAAAUCGCUGCUGAUGAAUACUCCCAUGCGGCCACCUGUUUUCGAAAUGCAAAAGCUUUUCAACAGUGCAAGGAAUGCCUAAUGAAGGCUUCAGACUGUCACAAACAGAACAGAUCAUGGUUUCACGCUGCAAAGAGUAUGGAACAGGCACUUCUAGUGUGCAAGGAAUUAGGAAAUUUAACCGAAGUACCGAAAUUGGCACAUUCUGCAUGUUCGUUAUAUCAGCAACACGGCUCACCUGAAUCAGGUGCUUCGGUACUGGAUAAAGCAGCUAAAUUAUUGGAAGCUACUGAACCCGCACAAGCUCUGGAGUUGUACAAGCGUGCAGCUGAUGUUGUUAUGAGUGAAGACAGUCCGAGACAAGCGGCUGAAUACAUGAGCAAAGUAGCUAGAAUUCUAGUAAAACUAAAAAUGUACGAUCAAGCUGCAGACGCGAUUCGUAGGGAGAUUGGAAUGCAUCAACAGAUAGAUCACACUCCGUCUGUAGGACGACUAGCGGUAGCACUAGUAUUGGUUCAACUCGCCAGAGGGGAUCAAGUGGCAGCAGAAAAGGCGUUCAAAGAAUGGGGAAACUACUGCGACGUUCCCGAGGUACAAACUCUGGAAAUGCUACUACAGGCCUACGACAACGAGGAUGCAGAUUCUGCAAGGUCAGCAUUGAACAGUCCUUUCAUCAAACACAUGGAUGUAGAAUACGCCAAAUUAGCAAGAGGGCUUCCUCUGCCGCAAGUAGAAUAUGCAGUUCCACCGGCUGGUGUUCGACCGAAUGCCGCAGCUUCUUACAUAUCGCCAAAUGCUACCAAACUUACUAGCCAAGCGACGGUUGAGGCUGAAGUUAAUCAGGAAGACAAUGCUGCAGACGUUGCUAGCGGACAAGUCGGUCAAGGCAAUCCAAAAGCAAAUCCGGUCAUAGAGCCAAAAGAAAGUUCAACAAAAGAAGAAGAGCCGGAAGAUGAGUAUGAAGGGGGACUUUGCUGAUUUGUUAAAUUUUGACUGAUGCUAUUGUUUAGGUAUAAGAAUCCGUAGUAACAUAAAGUAACUGUCGAUAGGUGGUUAUUUUUUGUGAAUUAUUAGCUACUCAAUAUCUUCCGCUUUACUCUGCAUUUAUAUUUACUACUAUCCAAAUAGUGUAUAAACUGUUGCAAUGACGUUUGCAUCUAUUUCCUAUGAUUCAAAUAGCGCCAAUGGUGCAAUACUCGUAUGCAGAGAUAAAUUCGUACAACGAUAUGUUGAUUAUUGUAGAUGCCUGGCAAAAAUACGAAUAUUUCUGUCGCGCACGUGAUUUAAAUAAUAUGCACAGAAAAAUUAUGCAAAUUACAUUUUGCAGCAAGAUUUUCUCCAUUAUCCUUGAAAUUUUAAAUGCGAAUAUUUCUUAAACAGUUGUUUCAAAUUUUUGUUAGUAGUCUAUUUUGUUUAAAUAGUCUUAAUGUAUCGAUAAUGAUGAAGCGCGAACUUUCAUCCAUAAUCGGCGAGACAUUUAAAUAUUCCAAUUACAUGAGAAAGAAAUCAUAGUGAAAGAUUUUUACUAUGCAAGAUGAUUGAAAAUCUGGACAUUCGCCUACAGUUAUGCCAAUCAGAGGAUUUGAUUAGAAACGGUUUUGCCGGAGUGAUUAAUUAUUUCUAACUUUAUGAAAAUGAAAAGAUUAAUCAAACAUAGGAGUAAUAAAGUGAAACUAAUAUGUAUCGCUUUAAUUUAUUUAAAUAUACUGUACGAUAAGUAAUGUUUGAUUUUUAAUUGUAAAACAACUAAUGUAUGUCACAUAACAAUUCCUUGUCAAGACAAAAUAAAUAAAAUAAAGUUAUUCAGUGAUUCUAAAAAUAA